GCACAGGAUGGCGCAGCCGGUCGCGCUGUUACUGUUGACCCUAAGCGUCGCGAGCGCUGAAAUUCUCACGCCACCUUACUUCAACUUGGCGCAAGGCAAGAAAGUGACCGCGACCGCCACGUGCGGCGACGAAGGCCCCGAGCUCUAUUGCAAGCUGGUCGGCGCUAACGCCGAUCACGACGAACACGUUAUUCAAGGACAGGUAUGCGACUUUUGCGACGCGACGAACGAGGCGAAGAAACACCCACCCGAGUACGCCGUGGACGGCAUGGAGACCUGGUGGCAGAGCCCGCCUCUGUCCCGCGGCAUGAAGUACAACGAGGUCAACCUAACUAUAGACCUCGGACAGGAAUUCCACGUGGCGUACGUGUUUGUGAGGAUGGGCAACUCACCACGACCUGGACUCUGGGCACUGGAGAAGUCCUCGGAUUACGGGAAGACAUUCAAACCCUGGAUGUAUUUCUCAGAUUCUCCGCAGGACUGCGAACGAUAUUUUGGAAAAGAAAGUUUGCAGCCAAUCACCAGAGAUGAUUCGGUUAUAUGCAGUACCGAGUACUCGAAGAUUGUUCCUCUUGAGGGCGGAGAAAUCCCGAUUUCCCUGCUGACUUACCGGCCGUCGGCGAAUAUGUAUUUCAACUCAUCGGUGCUGCAAGAAUGGACUAGAGCCACCAAUGUAAGGUUGCGACUAUUGCGGACUAAAAACUUAUUGGGGCAUCUCAUGUCUGUCGCUAGACAAGAUCCCACGGUCACCAGACGGUAUUUCUACAGUAUUAAAGACAUCAGUAUCGGCGGGCGCUGCAUGUGCAACGGACACGCGGAUGUGUGCAUGCCGGCUUACCCGGAGAGCAACAGCAACAUCCUGGUUUGUCACUGUCAGCACAACACUCGUGGCCCCCAGUGCACCGAGUGCCGCACAGGCUUUGAGCAGAAGAAGUGGAGAAUAUCGCAGAAUUGGGACCGUUUUUCUUGUGAACCAUGCAAUUGUCACAACCACACGACCAAGUGCGUCUUCGACCCUGAGGUGGAUGCGAAGCGCUUGUCGUUGGACAUUCACGGGCGGUACGAGGGCGGCGGCGUCUGUCAGGAUUGUCAGCAUAACACUGAGGGAAUUAACUGCAAUAAAUGCAAGCCUAAAUACUACAGACCCUAUGAUAAGAGCUGGAACGAAAUAGAUGUUUGCCAACCUUGUAACUGUGAUCAGCACUACUCGACUGGCAAUUGUCAAGAGGGAACAGGUAGAUGUGAAUGCCGCAAAGAGUUUAAUCCACCAAACUGCGACUCUUGCGCAUACGGCUAUUUCGACUAUCCUAACUGCAAACCGUGUACCUGCAACCUUAAUGGCACCGAUGGUGAACAUUGCACUCCUAUUGGCGGCAUUUGCCCAUGCAAAUAUAAUUAUGCUGGUACGUCGUGCGAGAUAUGCGCAGAUGGUUUCUAUUCUCCGGAGUGUAAAAACUGCGAGUGCAACAGCAUCGGGUCGGUAUCGCAGGUGUGCGACAAGGAGAGCGGUAACUGCACCUGUAAGAGCAAGUACGCCGGUCGCACCUGCAACCAGUGCGAAGCUGGCUAUUAUAACUACCCUUCUUGCAAACAAUGCAAUUGUGACGUGAGUGGUACUGCGGCCAGCGUUUGCGACGACGUCACCGGCCAGUGCAUUUGCAAGACAGGCUUCGGCGGUGCACGCUGCGACCAAUGUCUGUCUGGAUACUACAUGGACGUGCGUGAUCGUGAGCGGCUUUGUGUGCCAUGCAACUGUUCAUCAACCGGAUCUCCGUCAACGAGCUGCUCAGCGGACGGCAAGUGCAACUGCUUGGUCAACUUCGGUGGGAAGCAGUGCGACCAGUGUUCGCCGGGAUACUACGAAUUCCCGGACUGUCUGCCUUGCAACUGCGAUACGUCCGGUUCGGUGGGUUAUACGUGUGACGACAACGGACGAUGCCAUUGCCGUCCAAACUUCGACGGCGACAAGUGUGAUCGUUGCAAGGAACAGUUUUACAACUACCCAGCCUGCGAAGAGUGCAACUGUGAUCCGAGAGGAGUCGUCGCUUCCUUCGCUGGUUGUGGCUCUGUACCAGCUGGACAGCUUUGUCAAUGUAAAGUCCGUGUGCAGGGGCGCAUUUGCAACGACUGUAAAUCUCUUUUCUGGAAUCUACAAGAAUAUAACCCGCUUGGAUGCGAAGAAUGUAACUGUAACUUAGCGGGUACUUUGGGAGGACUGGGCUCGUGUAACACUCGCAACGGUCAAUGCACGUGCAAGAUGCACGUCAGUGAGCGCCAGUGCGACGACUGCCAGGACGGCUUCUACAAACUUCAGAGUAGCAACGUGUUUGGAUGUACUGAAUGCGAUUGCGACAUCGGCGGUUCUAUUGAUAACAACUGCGAUAAAACCACCGGGCAGUGCCGGUGCCAUUCCCGCGUAGAAGGCCGCCGCUGCGACCGUCCCAUUCGGGCCCAUUAUUUCCCCACUCUUCACCAAUUCCGAUACGAAGUGGAAGAAGGUCUCACGCCAUCAGGUCCAGUGCGGUAUAAAAACUCGGAGGAUGCGUUCCCUGGCUUUUCGUGGAAAGGUUACGUCGUAUUCUCGAUCUUGCAGAAUGAGGUGAUCAACGUAGUGCAUAUCACCAAAUCGUCACUAUACCGUAUAGUUCUGAAGUAUGCCAGUAAAUUCUCGGACCCUGUGGUUGCUACCUUCACAAUCACACCUGAGAGUUUUGUCGACGAUCCACAGACAAUCAAGACAAGCCUGCGGAGGACCGUGUUACCACAGCUAGUCACAGUAACGGACGAAUCUGGUGUACCUGCGCCACUUGUCAUGAACCCUGGCAACUGGACUGUCACCAUCAAGACAGCUAAAGAAAUCAUGAUUGAUUACUUCGUCCUUGUCCCAGAAGCGUACUAUGAAGCAACAAUCCUUACAAAGCUAGUGGACAAGCCCUGUGUGAUAGGAGAAGAGACUCUUUGCAGGGAAUUCGCUUACCCCAGUGUGGAUCACUUUGCUAAGACCGACGUCACUGGGCUCACUACUCCUGUAACUAAAUACAUUGAUGAUCCACAGCAACUCAAAGAACUCAAAGUUGAAUCUACCCAAAUCCCAAUUCUGAGCGACGACCAAAGUGAAUUACAGUACAACAUAAAGAUUGAUCCAAGUGGUCCAUAUGUGCUCUUGGUGGAAUAUGUUAGUCCUGUCAACAGAACUGCACCUGAAGAAGACAUGGAAAGUUCCAACGUUACAUAUGCGUUCACACCAAAGGGCUCCGUAACUAUACAAUUCAAGUCCGGAGACAAUCCAUCACAAAUUGCUUUAGUUAAUUUAAAUGAUUGUCCUUAUCCCACGCCAUGCAGACAAGUUGCUGUAGACGACUUGUCCAAAGCAUUCGCCUUCGCAGCUCAAGAUCCAAACAACGUCAUCACUUUAGAGGGAGAACAUGACACCCUUGCUGGUAUAAAGCAGAUUAUAGCAAUUCCUGAAGCGGAUUGGCACUUGGAUUAUAUCACACCAAGGCCUUAUUGCUUGAGAAGAAAUGGAUAUUGUGACCCUGCUGUUUUCUCCGCGGCUGUUGACUCCAAAAAGGUAGAAAUUGAAUCAGGCACUGGUGGUGACAGAGAAACGAAACCGCCUCCAAUCUUGGACAAUUCGACCAUGGUAGUGUACUUGCCCCCGCAAUCUGAACCUAUCCAACUGGAGUCCAAAGUUCCUGUGCCCGGAGAGUAUAUGAUCAUCCUGCAUUACUACCAACCUGACAAUCCAGAAAGUACAAUCGACGCAAACUUAACUAUUGACGGUCAAAACUUCGAAUCAUCGGUAUCCGUAGAGCAUUGCCCUUCUAAUUCCGGCUGCCGAGCUCUUCUUAAGCUGAAGACGGAUGGAAAUCCACGCUUUAAUAUUAACGAGAAUUUCACAAUCACCUUUAAUGGUGAAACCAGUAAAGGCGUGUGGUUGGACUACGUAUUAGUAAUAGCAACAGGAGAUUACGUGGACACAGCUCUCAAGGAGGCCAACAUGCUCGACUACACCAGAGAAUUUAUUGAGAAAUGCUCUAUGAAUCAUUACUAUAUUGCUCCUAAUGCCACAGGUUUAUGUCGCGACGCAGUUUUUUCGAUAACGACGGAGUAUAAUAGCGGUACACUGCGUUGUUUCUGCGACGUGGAAGGUUCCACGGACCUGGAAUGCGAAACGUUUGGCGGACAGUGUCGGUGCCGGCCCAACGUCAUCGGGAGAACCUGCAGCGCCUGCCGCACUGGAUACUACGGUUUUCCCAAUUGUCAACCCUGCAAUUGUCCUUCUACUGCCAUUUGCAACGAUUAUGGCGAGUGUAUUUGUCCGAAAAAUGUGGAAGGCGACAAUUGCGACCGAUGUAAGCCCUACACGUUUAACUUCGACGAGCUGCGAGGUUGUGACGACUGCAAUUGCAACCCACUCGGAGUCGUCGAAAACCAACUGCAGUGUGACCUUGACAACGGCAAUUGCCAGUGUAAAAACAAUGUGAUAGGGCGCGUGUGUGACCACUGUGUGCCUGGACAUUACGCGUUCCCUGAUUGCGUUUCGUGCUCAUGCGAUCUCGACGGCACCACUGAAGAUGUCUGCGACCAAAACACCGCGCAAUGCUAUUGCAAGAAGAACGUUAGAGGGCUGGCCUGCGACCAAUGUUUGGAAGGAUAUUUCGACCUGCAAGCAGAGAAUCCCGAAGGCUGUACUAAAUGUUACUGCUUUGGAAAAACAACAAGAUGUUCAAGUUCGUACAAUUCCUGGGUUAUGAUCAAUGGCAUGACGGACUGGAAGCUGGUGAAUAUAGCGAAGAUCAAUCGUACUCUUACUACGUUCCUGCAUCCCUCCGCCCUGAGUAAGGUCAACGAAACCGUAAUCGGCGCGGACCUCGGCGACAGUCACAAUAGCGAAAACAUUUCCUACUUUGGUGCACCAGAUUACUAUUGCGGCAAACGCCUGAGUUCCUACGGUGGACACUUGACGUUCUCCAUCUUCUAUACAACACGAGACGUGAAGCCAAUCGACGCCCCUGAUGUCAUCAUCAGCACGUCCAAUGGGUACCUCGUACAUAGCAGUAUCGAGCAACCGCCUCCUGAGGAUAAUUGGACGUACAGCGUCAAAUUAUCGGAAGACCAAUUCAAGAAUCUUGACGGCUCGUCAAUAAGCAGAGAACAAUUCAUGAAUGGGUUACAGAAUGUCGUCGCCAUUUAUAUCAGAGCAGCUUAUGACAGCAAUGCAGUUACCACGAGAUUAGGGGGGGUGACAUUGGACAUAGCAAUGAACGACAAUAUAGAGGGAUCCAGACAGGCCACAUCAGUUGAACAAUGCUUGUGUCCCAGCGCGUACCGCGGCAUGUCGUGCGAGCAAUGUGCUGAGGGAUACUACAGGCUGAGUUCAGGACCGCAUGCCGGUUUCUGCGUGCCUUGCCAGUGUAAUGGACACUCGAGGACUUGUGACGUUAACACCGGCGUUUGUUUAGCAUGCACAGAUAACACAAUGGGAGACCACUGCGAACAGUGUAUUCCAGGCUACCACGGCGACGCGACUAUAGGCACACCGCGGGACUGCCUAAUCUGCGCUUGCCCCAUCCCCUCCGCAUCCAACAACUUCGCGACCAGCUGCGAGCUAAGCGGUAAUGGAACGCUCAUAUCAUGUGUCUGCAAGCCAGGGUACGGAGGCCAAAGGUGCGAGUAUUGUGCACCUGGCUUCUACGGCGAACCAGAAAACACAGGUGACUACUGCAAACCGUGCAAUUGCUCGGGCAACAUCAACGUGGACGACCCAAGCUCCUGCGACACCGUUACGGGCGACUGCCUUAAGUGUGUCAACAAUACUGCCGGUGAUGCUUGCAAUCUGUGCGCUCCAGGAUUCUUCGGAGAUGCAAUUCUCUCCAAAAACUGCACAGCGUGUGUCUGCGACGAAUUCGGCAUGGAUUGGUGCGACCCCACGACGGGAACAUGUGUGUGUCAAGAGGGCGUCAUUGGCGAGAAAUGCGACCGAUGCAAGCCAAACCACUGGGGCUUCUUCAGCGGACUAGGUUGCAAAGAGUGCAACUGCUCCAUUGCUGCCGUAUCGACGCAGUGCGACGAGGAGAACGGCCAAUGCAGAUGUCAACCGGGGGUGACUGGCACUCACUGCGAGAGAUGCGCGGCGGGUUACUACAACUACACAGAACAUGGAUGCAUCCAUUGCAACUGCAACACUGGUUAUUCACUCGGGUUCACGUGUAGCGAGUCGGGCCAGUGUGAAUGUCUACCUGACGUUAUUGGCGAGAAGUGCGACCGGUGUCCAGAGAGAUGGGUGUUAAUUCCAAACCAGGGUUGCGAACGUUGUGACUCGUGUACGGAUGCGCUGAUCUUCACAGUCGAGGAUUUGAGUAGACGAUUGGCUAACGAAACACAGGAUUUCAAGAACAAAGCGGACUCGUACUUCACGACACAACGGCUGAACUACAUCGCCAACCAGACUGAGCUACUGAGACCAAAGAUAAAAACCAUGAAAUACGUCGAUGUCGCGAAAGUCACUGAGGAAAUUACAAAGUUGGAAAAUAACGCACGAAACUUAUUACGAUCGGCGGAGUUCGCAGAAACACACAGCGAUAAGCAAAUCGGGCGAGCUGCCGACCUUGCCGCUGAAGCUGACAAGACCCUAGCCGCAGUGCGGGAGCGUAAUCAGAAGGCCCAUGAAGUCGUGAGACACGUUGUCGAUCUGGCCACGGGACUUGAGCUCAGUCAACAGCCUAAGGUUGACAGCGCUCUGGCUGAGGCUGAACAGAUUAAGGCAGAUAUUUCCGCCAAGAACCUGUCUGCAAGAGAAGAAGAAGCAUUUGAAGCAUUCGCGAAUGCGACUGCGCAAGUGGAGCGAAUGAACGUCUUCGUGCAGCCCAUUGACGAACAGGCUAUGAGAUUUGAACGACAGUUGAAUGCAACGCGCAAACUGAAAUCAAAAUUUGAUGACAUGGAGCAACACAUAAAAGGAGCACGUGAAAAAACCCUGAACGCCGAAAGAGUCAAUUUUAACAACAAGAAAUCUAAAUUCGAAGAGAAAGUGGCUUCCGUGGUGAAUCUCAAUGUUGCAGCGAUGAAUGACCUAAUAGAAACCGCCAACGACACAAAAAAAGCGGCUGAUCUCACCCAUGAGGCUGGAGACAUCUUGAACAAUUCCAGUAAAGCUCUUGAGGAGAACAAGAAAGGCACCACUGAGCUAGGCGAAAUUCUAGCCAAAUUUGGGAUGGAACUGCCUGAACUUCAGAACUUGACUGAUGUGGCUUUCGAUCACGCUAUAGAUUUGAGGAACAGAGCAGAGAGUCUGCGAGCGCUGGCGGAGCGUGAGAAUAAUAAUACGAACACGCAACUUGCCUACGCAGCGGCCUCUGCGUACUCUUCCAUCGUACAGGAGAUUGGUGACGCCAAACGCGCUGCCGACGAAGCAGAAGCUGCUAUCGGCAAGAUUGUACUGAAGAACGAUCAACUAAAGAUAAGAACAGAGCCGGCUUACACGAAGUCCAACGAGCUGUUGACACUUGCCUCGCAAGCUUUGGUAACUGCGGAAGAACAGCUGCAUCCCAAUCUGACUGCCGCUGAACUACAGCUUCAAAACGCCAUGAAAUUGCUAAACGCUGCUAAUGAUACUUAUAACGGGGCGAAAGUGAAUAUCACCAUACCCCAGAUCGAAGUGGAAACCUUUACAGACCAAGCGGAACGGACUCGAAACUCACUGCUGAACAUACUUGACAUCAUGAAACAACUGGGCACAGAAAUUGAAAACGGGAAGAAAACUUCAGUGGAAGGAUCCACUACAGCCGUCCAGACCAAUAAUACGAUUUCGAAUGUACAACGAUCAUUAAAAAUGGCAGAAGAUGGAAAACCGAAUAUCGAUUUGAAGUUUAGAGCAGUGGAGAUGCAUCAGGCCGAGCACGAGAGACGACGCAGAGACGCCGAUGAGAAGCUCAACAAGUUGAAGGAACUCAUUGAGCAGGCUCGAACUAUAGCCAACAGUAUACCAGUAGGCGGGAAGUUCGACAAGCGCUCUGUACUCCAACCACGUCUACCAGACUCCAUCGACGAAAUGUCCACUUCCACACAUGUUUCCGUCUACUUCCGUACUCCAAACGAAAAUGCAAUGAUCCUGUAUCUUGGCAAUCCGCCAGGUACCAAUCUCAGGAAAACAAAGACGGACGAUUUCAUGGUGAUAGGCAUAAAGAACGGCUACCCCUACCUGACGAUUGACACCGGGUACACCGCUGAUGACCACAUCCCCUUCCAGACGAUCACUAGCGAGACGUAUGUCUCGGACAACAAGACGUGGUAUCAGGCCAUCGUUGAUAGGGUUGGACGCAAUGUGAAAUUUUCCAUUCGAGGAACUCUCAUGAACAACACCGAACAUACGGAGACCAAGGAAGUCUUGUUACCGGGUCAAACCACUAUCUUCAAUCUAGACAAGAAAAAGUCUAAAUUGUAUGUGGGAGGUGCGCCAAGUGGCGCAAACCUACAGGGCGUCAACUUUCCGUAUUACGAAGGCGAAAUUGAGGAGCUUAUGAUCGGAGAAACACCGGUGGGCUUAUGGAACUUCGAGACCGCGGAGAACUUGAACGGAACUAGGCAGAGGAAUCAGCUUGUACCAGAGUCGACACUGGAAGAAUAUAGAUUCAAUGGAAGAGCACAUGUCAUAAUGCCGGCCAUGAACCUGGGCAGGUGGAACCUAGAGAACCCGCUGCGCCACAAAAUAUUACUGCACUUCAGGACCUACGCCCCGGAUGGUCUCAUUUACCUCGUCGGUCAAGACAAACAAUUCUUCUCGGUCCUCAUGCAGGGAGGACAAGUCUUUUUACAAGUAUCACUCGGUGAUGGAAGUGACCUGCUAAUCCUCGGCACAGAUAAAACAUACAACGAUGGCAAAUGGCAUAAAUUAGAUGCAGGUAGAUCCGAAAAUCAAUCUUAUCUGAUAAUAGAUAACAAUCGAUUUGAGGGCACGUCCACCUCCUCCUCAUACAAUAUACCUGUGCACACAAUGAACUUCGGCGGGAACAACAAGGGUAUCACGGCUGUAACAAGCAAAGGCUUUGAUGGGUGUUUAAGAGAAAUUAAUGUUGACACCAUACGAAUGGUUUUAGAUACCGAUUACAUAGAGUCCAUAGGAGUCUCCUACAGAUGUCAAUUUGCGUCUCUGGUGUCGCUGUCGGGGGUAGACACUUACCUUCGGUUCGUCAACAUCACAAGCACAGCAAGUCUUCAGUUCACUCUUAAAUUCAAGACUGCUGGUCGAGAUGGGCUCAUCUUUGUGUAUGAAGCUCGCAAACAGACUACAGCUACUCGAGACAGCAUUUCGCUAAAAUUAUCUUCAGGAAAACUAGUCCUGGCUAGUCAGGGUGAGAGGAUCGAUACAGGUCAGAAUACGUACGAUGACGAUCAGUGGCAUGUGGUUACAGUGACGCACAACAAGAAAAUGUUAAGGCUCGCAGUUGACGAUUUCGACUCCUUCAGUUCGGACAUUGCACCAAAGCCAUUGAAUAUAUUGGACGGAGUUCUAUUCAUCGGUGGUGUUGAGCCUGGAUGGAAGGUCACCAGCAGAGGUGUUCACCAAACCCCGGCUUUCCAAGGCUGCAUAGCUGAUGCCACAUUUAAUGGGCAGGUGCUCAAUCUCCUAGACCCCUACGGCAACCGAAGUGUUACUUUUGGUCGCUGCGGCACUACAACAUCUACAGGCGGCCGCUCUCCAGAUCUUGAAACGUCGUCAUGGACGCCGCCAUUAGUGACUGAUGUUAUACCUCUUCCGACGGUGACACAAAUUGAGCCCAGCAAUCCACUAGUGCCUCCGGUAGAAAGGCAGCCUGCCACAGUAGCGCCGAUAUCUACCAGCACGGCGCAGCUUGCCACUUCCGAAAAACUAGAAGAUACCACUACAAAACGAACACCUCCACAACCAGAACACGGCUGUGCUCUAUCCUAUGAUGAUUAUUACACCACCGGUCACCCUGACGAAGGGUACCGAUUUGGAACCCGAAACGACAGUCACAUUGCGUAUGCCAAACUACCCGGCCGGCAAAAGGACGGCUUCGACCUAUCAAUAUCUUUCCGCACAUUUGACGAACAUGGCGGUCUCAUUUUUUAUGCCGCUUCUAACGUGAAACCUAGUCAAUUCUUAGCUGUAUACAUGAAAGAUGGUUUGAUUCAUUUCGAGUUUAAUUGCGGUGGAGAAACAGGCGUAGUGACUUCCACGCAGAAGUACAAUACUGCCGAGUGGCACACCGUGACGGUGGUGCGGAACGCAGGCCACGGCAAGUUGAGCGUCGAUUCAGAUCGUAUCGGAGAGACCAGCGUCACUUGCAUUGACCCCGUUGUCCUGACGCCGCCCUAUUAUUACGGUGGUCUCAGGCAUUCGACUGACGCCAACAACCUACACGGUUUCUACCAGCCUUUCAUAGGCUGCCUGAAGGGACUAAUGAUGAACGGGCAACACGUCCCAGAGGUGGUGCAGAGUCGGGUCAACGCAUUACGUUGCAUCGACAAUAUUGAGGACGGUGUUUAUUUUGGGCCUUCGACCAUUUCACAUAGUAACUACUUGAAGCUCUUAGAGAAAAUAAAAAUUGGCAACGAGUUCUCGAUAGCCAUGGAAGUGAAGCCGCGCAACUCGACGGGUCUGUUGCUGAGCGCGCACGGUAAAAAAGAUUACAUGAUCCUCGAAUUAAUGGACAACCAGGUGGUCGCUCACGUCGAGAACGGCAAAGGACCCUUCCAUGCUGUUUUCAAGUUAGCCAACAAGUCUUCGCUUUGCGAUGGGAAAUGGCACAAGAUUCAAGCUAUUAAAUUGCGCCACGUAGUGUCAGUGGGCGUGGACGGCCAGUUCUCGGACCCAGGCAUCGGCAUGUCUAGCUCCACAGACACUGGUUCCGCUCUAUACAUAGGCGGGCACGAACGGGCCAUCGGCAAAGUUCGCGGUGUCACUUCAAAGCGCGGUUUCACCGGCUGUAUCAGGAAUAUCGUCAUCAAUACCACGCGCAUCAAGAUACCACUAAAUGCGGCCGGACGUAACACACAUGUUGGAGUCUGCCCUAAAGACUAGGCGAACCGCGACAAUGAAGAUACACAAUGACAUAGAUACUGGAAAGACACCUUCAAUAAAUUUAGAAAACAAUUUUAUCACAGAACGGGCAUGACCCUUUCUCGUACCUAUGCAUUGUUAUAGUCAGUAACACGAUGAAAUGUGUUAAAGAAAUGUGCCAUAAUAUGCCUAAACUUAAAACAAUAAGACUGAAACAUUUUAAGAAAAAUCUUAAAAGCAUUCAGUAUCACUAAGUUAGGACAACCAGAGCAACAGAACUUCAUAUUUAAUUAAUAAUAAAUAUAGUGCCUAAACCUCGUCAAUAAAUUAUUACAAAAUUAAGGAAUAUGUAUCUUCACUCGUUUGAAUAAAUCUUACAUUAAAUUUAAAAAGUGCCUAAUAUAGGCUAUCUUUAUGUGACUUACUGAGUGUACCUCCGCAGGUCGAAAUCGAGGACGCUAGAGGAAUAACAAUCAAUUUAAGAAAUCUUAAGCCAAGAAAUAAAAGAGUUAUGAAAUAUUGAACAAUGUAUUUUACAUUAUGCAUUUAAUAUAUUACACCA